AAUUGUAAUCGAUGGGUGAUAUAGAUUCAUCGCAAAAGCCAUUCUGCGUAGAUAGACCAACACAGGGUCGUGCUACUUGCAGAAGAUGUGAUCAAAAGUGUUUAAAAGGUGAAUUGCGCUUAGCAAAAUACGUCCAAGGCCCACGUGGACCAUUGAAGUAUUGGUAUCAUAUAGACUGUUUAUUUGAGGUAUUCUUAAAUCAAAGACCUAAUACCAGAAGAUUGGUAUCUGCAAAUGAUUUGGACGGAUGGAACAAUUUGAGUACAGCAGAUAAAGAACUUAUAAUCGAGAAGGUCGAACAAUGUGAGAGAGAGUAUGCGAGAAGACAAGGAAAGGAAUUUGAAUCAAUUGAAUUUGAAGAUGAAGGAAUUAAUGAAUUUAGAAAUACAACUACCAGCCAAAUUAUUGUUAUGAAACCAAUCCAACCUAUGUUAGCUGAAGCAUGUAAAAACAUGAGGCAAGCUUUGAAGAAAUUCCCGAACGGCAUUUUUUCGGAAGUCAAAUAUGAUGGAGAGCGUGUGCAGGUGCACAAAAAGAACAAAGAAUUAAAAUUUUUCUCAAGGAGUCUGCUACCAGUUCAGAAACAUAAAAUUGUAGGUUUUGAUAAACAUAUUUCCAAAGCUAUGCCUAAUGCCAAAGAUGUUAUAUUAGAUUGCGAGGUAGUGAUGGUAGAUAAGAACAAUGGAAAGCCGCUACCGUUUGGAACUUUAGGAAAAAAUAAGCAGAAAGAACAAAAAAAUGCUUCUCUCUGUUUAUUUAUAUUUGAUUGCAUGUAUUUAAAUGGUGAGGAUUUGACUGAGAGACCUUUGAAGGAACGAAGAGACUUAUUGUCGAGGAAUAUGACAGAGAUUCCUAACGUGAUGAUGCUUUCGGAAAUGAAAGAGAUUUAUAAUGCUAACGAUUUGGCUCAGCACAUGAAAGAAGUUAUUAAAUUAGGAUUAGAAGGUUUGGUAUUGAAGGACAUCUUAGGUAAAUAUGAGCCUGGGGAAAGGCACUGGUUGAAAGUGAAAAAAGACCAUUUAUAUGAUGGAAAAAUGGCAGAUACUUCGGAUUUGGUAGUUCUCGGGUCUUGGGGUAAAUCAGUUUUUUUGAUGGGCGUUUAUGAUGCAAAUACUGAGAAAUAUUACACUGUAACCAAGGUACGAUCAAAUUUGAAAAAUAAUGGAAAUUUAGUCAAGAAUAAUAAGCAAAUUACUCCGAAGUGGUUAAAUUGUUCUAAAACUAUGUUGCCCGAAUUUAUUGCUAAAGAUCCGAAACAGCAACCAGUCUGGGAAGUAAUCGGCGCUGAAUUUAUUCAAACUCACCGUGUUCACACGGCGAAUGGUAUAUCCAUAAGAUUCCCAAGAGUAAAGAAAGUAAGAACCGACAAAAAUUGGAAAACUGCAACGAGUUUGGAUGAACUGACUAAACUCUACAAUACAUCAAAAUAUAAUUUUGAUGGUUCAUUGAUCGACGAAGAAUUGGAAAUUUUAAAUCGUGAAGGAAAAUUUGACAGGAAACGUAAAGCGCAAAACGAAAUUAAUGACGAUCCACGAAAGAGACCGUCAACAUCAUCUAAACCGUAAUAUAGAUCAUAAACUCAAUAACAUUAAUAAAUAAUAUUUUUCAUGCAACUCAACUUCUUAAUCUGCGAUCAGAUUUACUUAUUGUUCAUACUAAAUAGAUUAUAAAUAAACAUGUCAUAUCGUAGCACUUCAGUACAUUAAAAUUCUGUCAUUCACAUUAAAUUUCGUAAAACGGAGGUUUAUGUGAUUACUGACUUAAACAUAUAAUAAAUUGUCUUUGCAUUAA